ACGGGGGACCUCGAGGUGGUAACCAAUCCGGUGGCUACAGCAGUGGCGCCGGCAACAAGGGUGGUUUUAAUAACAAAGAUGGCGAAAUGGUGACCCAAGAGGAUACGAUCUUCAUCCAGGGUAUGACCCCGGAAACGACCGAGGAAGAAAUUGCCGAACGUUUCGGCUCGAUUGGCGUAAUUAAGAAAGACAAACGCACCAUGAAGCCGAAGAUCUGGAUGUACAAAGAUAAGGAAACCGGCGACAUGAAGGGCGAAGCCACCGUUACUUAUGAGGACGCAAAUGCUGCCCAAUCCGCCAUCGGGUGGUUUGACAACAGUCUAUAA